AUGGCAGAUGACAGAAUAAGAGAAUUAGAAAUCAUGAUAAGACUGAUAGACAUUGAGAUUAUUUUGGCCAGAAGGCGUGAGGGGAGACAAGAACAAGCCAACAGAAGGAGAAGAAGAAGGGUCGACAGGGUCAACAGGUUGAAGUUGUCGGAGGGCUUUUGUGGCCCUUUUUGUAUUCUCGCUGGUAGAAUCUUCCAUGGAUCAACGACAGAAAAUUGCGAAAUCAAAAUGGACGGAGGAAACAUGAUAUUGAACUGCUCACGUCGGGAGCCAGCGUUCUGUUUCAAUAUUUCAACAAACUCCGUUAUCAUUCAGCCUCAAAACAGCGAUGAAAUAUGGACCCCAGUUGUGAUCCAGCGUGUUGUUUCAAUCGUGGUUAUAAUGGUGUUAACACUAAUAGGCAAUAUCGCGAUCAUCCUGGUAUUGACUUGUAGCAACUAUCGAAAGCGCAACAACAGGGUCAAUAUCUUUAUAAUUAAUCUAGCAGUGGGAGACCUUAUGGUUUGUGUCGUUACAAUGACGACUGAAAUAUUGUUUGUUGCCUUUGGCGAAUGGGUUCUAGGACAAGCGGGUUGUAAGCUGUUAACGUAUAUUCAAGUCGUCACGCUUUCCAGCACCACAUUCAUUCUCACAGCCAUGGGAUUAGACCGAUACAUGGCUAUCUGUAAGCCGCUAAGAUUCACAGCGACGAAUUCUAGGGCUCGUAAAAUGAUCAUUUGUUCGUGGAUUCUCUCUCUAAUUGUCUCUAUUCCGCAAUUUUUCAUUUUUGUCCAGACAGUAGACGGCUAUCAUUCCGAUUAUUCUCCUAAAUACGGAUGUCACAGUAGAGGAUAUACCGCCCAAUGGCAACGAAAGCUAUAUAUGACAUUUAUGUCUUUUUAUAUCCUCAUUUUUCCUGGUUUAGUUCUCUCAUACUGUUAUAUUAAUGUGGCCAGAGUCGUAUGGAAACAAGGAAAAUCUGAAACAUAUCUGGCUAAUAGCGACAUAUCGUUAAGACGUUUUAUUGUCAACAAGGGCGUUAUUUCGUUGGCGAAAAUGAAAACUGUUAAAAUGACAUUCUGUAUCAUAUUGAGUUUUAUCGCCUGCUGGACACCUUACUUUGUGACAACUUUAUGUCUUAUUUAUAGCAACUAUACUCUUAAAAUUCCCAGUACUGUGAUGGCAUUCGCAGAGACAAUUGCCCUUUUACAGAGUGCUGUUAACCCAGUUCUGUACGGAAUUUUUAAUAUAAAGAUUUUCGCAAGUUUGGUGGAAAUAUGUUGUCCUCAUAGAUUAAAUAAGAAGAGAUUUAACAGUUAUGCCCGGUGUAAUGAUGUGAACGGCCUUCUUAUUUCGGCAACUAGUGACCGACGCCAUAAGAUUACGUCUAAUCAAACAAAACACUUGCCAGUGCCAUCAAGCUCAACCAGCCGCUCUCACGGGGGUUGUAUUAUAGCGGAGUCUAACGUCAACGGAUUUAAACUACGGGUGCGUUUUAUGACUAAAGAACCUGUACAUGUCCAUGAUAGGAACGGGAGGUGCUUAUAUACAAAUGGUAAAUCUUGCGAAGCCGAAUGUACAGUGUAGUAUUGUGCCCACGUUAUGUUGUUGGUACA